ACAGCCUUGAUAUUCUACGAUCACUUGAUCACGCUCGACCAAGAAAUUCGCACUGUAUGGCGACGGAAGUUCUCUAUUGUUUCCCUCCUCAUUGUGUUCACCCGAUGGACGCUAAUUAUUCAGGCGACAUUCACCUUCAUCAUGGCACAAGGAUUAAUAGUAAGCCAUUCCGUCUCGUGCGCAACCCAACCAUUGGUAGUCUUUUCUGCACUGCGUGUGUGCGCAAUAUGGAACCAGAACUACGUCCUUUUCAUAAUUGUGCUUGUUCUCGGUCUUACACCCGUGAUCACAAAUGCUGUAUGUACAAUCCUCUUCCAGACUUCGAGACCGUCACUGAACUUGACGCCGACAUCCCUCCAAGUAUGGCUUAGCCCACGAAUCCACCGAAUAUUUGCCCCCACCAAUUGA